AUGAUGCGUAUGGAUGUUUCCAUCUUAUUACGAUUAGAAGUCCUUUAUGUUCUCCUUGCUCUCAAGACCUUCCCUAGCACCCUGGGUUUCAUUGAUGACUGUGUACUAGCCAAUAAGACAAAUCUCACUAACGUGGAUGCUGUCAUCUACGCCGGAGGUCGUAUUCAUUCCAAUACAACGGAUAUACCGUCAGCUGUUAGAGAAGACCUCCUAGAGGCUCAUUGGAUAUACUCCAAAAACGAUAAAACGGAUUAUAUGUGCUACAUUGAAGCAUUUGUCACCGAUAUUGACAAUACUUUAAAAGUCUACGAUUCUGCUGCUCAGGUUGGAGUUCUAGCUCACCCUGGUUCAUUUAACAAGUACAAUGAAAAUAUUCUCCUCGUGAUCGGACCAGAAACUUUUAACAAGACAAUACCAUGGAGAUCGCGUAAAAUGGUCUACCUUAACACUAUCCUGGAGGUACUUUUCCUACUCUUUGAACCUCAUAGCUUAAAACAGCGCUACAAACAAAUGUAUGUUUAUAAUGCAACUGAAGAAGUUCUCGUGCUAGCAAAAAGCAUUGAAAGCGGACGCAGAAUAGUCAGAUACAUCUCUAAUGUCGGCAACGAGAAUCUAACUGCUGAGAAUGUUGCCAAAAUGAUGGAUAAAUUUUUUGAUCCAACAAUUAUCACCCAGGAGUUACUUGACUACCCUCAAGGCAGCAAAUCAAAAAGUAAUUCUCAUUUAUAA